AUGGGCAGCGGAGCGUCUGUCAGUGAGGAGCCCCGGCUGGACACGCUGGAAGCCCGGGAGGCGGAGCCCGGAGACACCUGGGCCUCCACACCUGCAGAAGGGAGCAACGACACCCUGCAGGCAGAUUUGAAGGAAGGCAAAGCUGAGAGUCACACUGUGGACGCCCAGUCUGUGAAGAGUGAUGGAGGAACCAGCAAAGAGAUGGAGGAGGAGGAAGCAGCCCAGCCGGUGGUGGAUCCAGCUGUGACUGAAACUGCAGCAGAAGGGGAAGAAGUGUCUCUGCACUUCGAGAGUUUCCUCCAUGAAAACGGGAUGCUGUACAGCUGCUUCAGUCACCAUGGAAACAGAGUUUACAUGGACGCGUCUCAGAAACUGCAGCCGUUUCCAAAGGAGUGGUACAAUCAGGGACACUUCAUCGCCACACGCAGGCUCUGGUCAGCUGCAGACUCACGGCAGCAGCCAGUCGACGGUCUGGGAGGACGACCGCACCGGCAGCAUCUACAUCCAGGGCAGAGGAACCGUCAUGACCUACAGGAGAGGGUGAAUGUCUGCAGGUUCUGGGAUCCCGAGUCGGGCCUCUGGCUGCUGCUGCUGCUUCAGUGGGAGAUGAACACAGAGUUCGUCAAAGCUCGAGUCCAACGAGUCACGUCUGCCCUCCCCGGCCUGGUGGACCAGAAGGAGAUCACGGCAGCUCUCAGACAGUGUAACUACGACCCCGAUGAGGUCAUCUCCGUCUACCACACCAUGUUUGGAGAUAUCCUCCUGCAGGCCCCCCCAGGAGGAAAUCACAACUAUCCUGACCUCAACUCCUUCAGAGCCCUCCUGGAGAGAGACCGGGUCAUCGAGGAUCUGAAGCAGAAGCUCCAGAUGAAAGAGAAGGAGGUCGACAAUCUGUUUCAGAGGAACAGUCACCUGGUGAGGGAAGUCCGCUAUCUGACUGAUGUUGUUCAGCACCUGAAUCAGAAGCUCGCCGAGCUCGAGGCUGACAAGCAGGAGCUCCGGGAGAAGAUCCGAUCCCUCCUGAACCGCAGAGCUUCUCCCGCCCCACCUGCCAAACCCGUCAUCAAGCCAGCUGUGGACAUCGGCCAACUGCACCAGAUGAGCCGGCUGACCCGGGAACUGAACGUCUCAAACAAGCACCUUCGCUCCGUAGUUCACCAGGCACUUGCUGACAUUAAGAACCACCUGGGGCAGUUCGAGGGUCCUCUGGGGAAGUUGGCCCAAGUGGAACAAGAGGCAACCAGUGAGGUGGAGAAGCUAUGAUCCCUCUACAGGAAGGAGGCAGUGGAGAGGUAGAGCGUGUACAACAAGCUGCUCGAGCUGCAGGGGAACAUCCGGGUGUUCUGCUGCUGCAGGAAGAGCUCGGCCUCCAGCUGCUUGGAGAAAACCGAUGACCAGGAGGUGGUCGUCGUCCAGAAAGGAAGUAGAAAGAAGUUCCAGUUUGACAAAGUCUACUCUCCCAGCAGCACACAGGUAAAGGCUUAGACUUCUUCCCCAUUCUGAACACACAAACUGGCAAAACAGUUUCAUUCCUUUACGAGCUUUUCUGUUUGCAGGUAGCUGAACAUUCGAUGCAAAGAGACGGAUGCUCUCUGAACACAAACUCUUACUUUAGAUUGCUUGCCGGUGAUCUGGGGAAGGUUAAGAGGUUAGAUUAUAUUACAGUGUCUGUGUUAAUUAACAGAAAACUUAGCAGUUAAAAGCAGUCUGCAUAUUAUUAAAUACCACAGCUCUGUCAUUAAUUUUCCCACCGGGAAGGUUUGUGUUUGAUCGUUAAUGAGCUCUAGAUUUUAAUGAAGCCUGGGCACUAACGAGCGCUUGGCCUUCGCAGCACUCUGCUUAUUAACGUUGAUUGGUUUCUAAUUUUUGUUUAACGCCUCAUAAACAAAUUGGCAUGACGCUUCAUUUGACGAUCCUGUGGGGAGCGUGGAUCUGCAUCCAGAAAACCAGAACAUACCCAAAAAAUCCAAGCAGCAAACCUCGGAUGGUCGACUGUCCAUCAUACAGUUUUUUUUCUAGCCAGCAUUAAUUAUCUGCAGAUUUUGUCCCUGCUCUCUGCAGGAAGACGUGUUUGCAGGAACUCUGCCUGUGAUAACUUCCUGCGUGGAUGGAUAUAACGUCUGUAUUUUGGCGUAUGGACAGACGGGCUCAGGGAAGACGUACACCAUGAUGGGCAGCAAGGAAAACCCAGGAGUAGGGAUGGGUACCGGUUACCGGUGCCGUUCUGACAUAAAUGGUAGUAACCAGACUGAAAAGCAGCGCACAUUUUGGUGCUUUUUUUUUCUUGAGAUGUCAUACACUUUGGAUUCUAGCCAAUCAUUUUACCUUU